AUGUGGCCAUCUCCAACCUCUGGGAUCGUCCUUAUCCGCUAUCUAAGGCUACUAUCUACCUUCACCUUACGGUAUCUGCCCGGUCUUCCGGAUGUCUUGGAAGAAGUUGUUCAAGUUGUCAAGUUGUCAAGUGGUCACACACUCUUCUCGGGCCUCAGCAACAAAGGAUAUCAACCUCCUACACGUAAAUUACACACGAGCAGAGAGUCACGGCGUUCGUACAGUGGUAGGUACCUGACGUGGAACGCGUUGUCGGCGUCGCACAACACGGUUCUUAACUUCUUCGCUAUCAGCCACCUGGAUCGCCGACCCUGUGGCAAUCAACAAGCAUGGAAAUACCCGCAUGAACCCACUCUCGCAUCUGCCCUGAUCUUCGUCGUUUCUCAUGCGUCGGAGGUUAAAGACGAGAGGGAGGGAGAGAGCACGAGCAAGAGAAAGAGAACCCCCAAGGCAAAACCCCGAUUUCGAAACAUCAACUUCGCCGGCUCUUUAUCCCUCGCCUUGGACUCGUCGAGUGAGUCUUGGGCUCCCUUCCCUGCUGCUGCAGUUGCCGGAGUAGUAUUACAGACAGUCAGAGCAAUUGCCAUUGCCAUUGCCAUUGCCCAUCGCACCGAACAUGUCCUCCCAAGACACCGCCUCCAACACUUAUCUCCAGCAGAUGACCUCCAUCCUCAGUUCGGUCGCAAGCUACAUGCGCCUCCCGGUGCUGAUCUCGUCGGGCAUUGCUGCGAUCCUGAGCUCCCUGUUGUAUUUCAAGCAAAAGCAAGUUCACCCGUCCCCACCUCCCACCCACCCAUUGUCGCAGUCAACUGUCAAACACACCUCGCGCACUCCUACUUCGUAUUAUUAACAGUUCUUUUUUAUUCCAGAGCUCUGAUCUACCCCUCCCACGUCCCGAACCUUGCCCGCACCGAUGUCCCUCGACCGUCUCAAUUCGGGAUCUCAGACUUUGAAGAGCUGAUGAUCCCGACUCCUGAUGGCGAGAAGCUCUCCGCAUUCUAUAUCCGAAGCCCCAAAACCCCGGCCAAGAAGAAUAUCACUGUAUUAAUGUUUCAUGGAAAUGCGGGGAAUAUUGGGCACCGAAUACCUAUCGCCCGCAUGUUUAUGCAGCGCAUGGGCUGCAGCGUGUUUAUGUUGGAAUACCGUGGCUAUGGGCUCUCGACGGGAUCCCCGGACGAGGCCGGCUUGAUGAUCGAUGCACAGACGGCUUACAACUACCUCCGGAAACGCGCAGAGACGAGGGAUAAUGAUAUUGUCGUGUUUGGACAGAGUUUGGGCGGUGCUGUGGGCGUGCAGCUGGUGGCUAAGAAUCAGAACGAUAGCAGACUGAUUGGCUUGGUGCUGGAGAAUACUUUCCUGUCUAUGAGGAAGUUGAUCCCUUCUAUCAUACCACCAGCAAAAUACCUCACCCUUCUCUGCCACCAGGUCUGGGCGUCUGAUAACUAUAUGCCAUCCAUUACAGAGGUCCCAAUUCUUUUCCUCUCUGGGCUGCAGGAUGAGAUCGUACCGCCGUCCCACAUGGCCCGUCUCUAUGAAAUCUGCCAGUCACCGACAAAGAUCUGGAAACCCCUUCCGGCCGGUGACCACAAUUCCAGCGUUCUAGAAGACGGGUACUUUGAGUCUGUUGAAGAUUUCGUUGCAAAUCUAGAUAGCAAGCGUGAGUAA